AUGGCUACUCGCAGGCGAGGUCGAAUGCGUACACGGGGAAGUAGGAAUGAGCAACCAGCUGAUAAUCACGCCGAAUUCAUGGCGGCGAUGGCGAAUCUCGCUAACACCAUGGAAGCUAAUGCUGUUGCGACUCUGCAAGCAGUGCAGAGAUUGGGCCAACCGACUGGGAAUGGCAACGAAAAUGGGAAUGGCGAAGGAAAUACCAAUGAUAAUGCUGAGGGUAACGGCGAUAACACAGGAGGAAUUCCGAUGACCUUGGCGACGUUCCUCAAGGUUCAUCCUCCAACUUUCCGAGGAUCCACAGAUCCUAUUGAAGCGGACCACUGGUUCCAGGCUAUAGAGCAUGCUUUACAGGCGCAUCAUGUUCCUCUCAAUCAAUAUGUAGAGUUUGCCACUUAUCAGCUAGCAGGAGAGGCCCAGCCCUGGUGGCAAGCUCAGUGUCGUUUGCUACAGCUUCAGAACACCGACAUUCCAUGGGAGGUGUUCCAAACGGCUUUCUACAAGAAAUACUUUCCUGAGUCUGCAAGGGAAGCAAAGGAGAUGGAGCUAAUGCAGCUGAAGCAAGGUUCCAUGUCUGUGGCAGAGUACACCAACAAGUUCGAAGAGCUUUGUAGGUUUUCUCGGGUAUGUCAGGGUGACCCGGAGACUUUCGAGAGCUGGAGGUGCAUUAAGUACCAAAGGGACUUGAAGGACAACAUUAUGACUGCUGUGGCUCCUAUGGAGAUCCGUAUCUUCUCCGACUUGGUGAACAAAGCAAGGGUAGUGGAGGAGUAUGCCAAAACAGUGGCGGCAUCUAAGGACACUCAUGGAGGGAGCUCUAGUCGUAGGCGUGGCAAGUAUUUUCAUCCUAGAGGACAAAGCUUCAAAAGAGGGGGAUAUACUCCUCAAGGCCAAUGGGGCUUCAGAAAGAAUAAUCAGAAUCAGUUUCAGUAUGCUAAAGGAAGAGGAAAUCAGAGUGGUUGCUUCAAGUGUGGGUUACCUGGCCACAUUGCGAGGGAUUGCCCUCGUGGGAGGAAUCAGAAUGCGGGCCAGAGUCAGCAUCAAGGUCGAGUCUUUGCUGUUAAUGCCAAGGAUGCUUCCAAGGCGGAUCCUUUGAUGAAAGGUAUAUGUCUAAUUGGUGAUAAAUCCUCAGUUGCAUUAUAUGAUACUGGAGCUUCGCAUUCGUUUAUUUCAUUUGCUAAAGUUGAGGAAUUAGGCUUGAAAGUAUCAGAGUUACCUUUUGAUCUACAUGUACAUACUCCGCAUCAAACAGUUAUGACUAGGUCAGGUUGUAGACAAGUAGGUUUCAAGCUUGAGGGCAGAGACUUUGUACACGAUUUGAUCUGUUUACCAAUGGUGGGGCUGGAGAUGAUUUUGGGAUUUGAUUGGUUGUCGAAGAACUGGGUUUUGUUGGAUUGCUUUGAACGGACAAUUCGGUUUAUACCGGAAGGAGAAAAUGGAGUAGUGGUAGCUACGGGGUAUUACCUAAACUCUGUAAUGGUGCACUAUAGUGGGGAGGAGUGUCAGGGUUAUAUUCUGUUGGCUGCUAAUGCGUUGGGCAAUGCCCACAACUUAGAUCAAAUUCCGGUGGUUAGUGAUUUUCCAGAAGUGUUCCCAGAAGAUAUCCCUGAGUUCCCACCUCAAAGGGAAAUUGAGUUUGCGAUUGAAUUGGUGCCGGGAGCUGGACCAGUAUCGAUUACACCGUAUAGAAUGGCUCCUAUAGAGCUGGCAGAGCUAAAGACUCAGUUGGAAGAGCUUCUGAAUAAGAGGUUCAUUCGACCAAGUGUAUCACCGUGGGGAGCGCCAGUUUUAUUGGUGAAGAAGAAAGAUGGAGGGAUGCGUUUGUGUGUGGAUUACCGACAGUUAAAUAAAGUGACAGUGAAGAACAAGUACCCGUUGCCAAGGAUAGAUGACUUGAUGGAUCAAUUGCAAGGAGCUGGAGUGUUUUCCAAGAUUGAUUUAAGAUCCGGUUACCACCAGAUAAGAGUGAAGGAAGAUGAUAUCCCUAAGACUGCCUUUAGAACACGCUAUGGACACUACGAGUUUGCGGUAAUGUCUUUUGGGUUAACGAAUGCACCUGCUGUUUUCAUGGAUUACAUGAACAGAGUGUUUCGUCCCUUUUUGGACAAAUUCGUGGUGGUUUUCAUAGAUGACAUCUUAGUUUACUCUAAGACGGUAAAGGAGCAUGAAGAACACUUGAGGAUUGUAUUGCAAAUCUUAAAGGAGCGAAAGUUGUACGCUAAGUUGUCAAAGUGCGAGUUCUGGAAGGAGGAAGUAAAGUUCUUAGGCCACGUGGUGAGUAAAGGAGGAAUAGCUGUAGAUCCUUCUAAAGUAGAAGCGGUGAUGGAAUGGGAAAGACCGACGACUGUGACGGAAGUCAGAAGCUUUUUGGGUUUAGCCGGAUAUUACCGGAGAUUUAUCGAAGGAUUUUCCCGGAUUGCGCUACCAAUGACAAAGUUGACAAGGAAAGAAGUGCCGUUCGAGUGGACAUCGGAGUGCGAAGAAAGUUUUCAAACGUUAAAGCAGAGAUUAACUUCAGCACCUGUUCUAAUCCUACCGGAACCGCGUGAACCGUUUGAGGUAUAUUGUGAUGCUUCUUUGAAGGGUUUGGGUUGCGUGUUGAUGCAACACUGGAAUGUGGUGGCUUACGCAUCGCGUCAGCUAAGACCGCAUGAGGUGAAUUACCCCACUCAUGACUUGGAAUUAGCGGAGAUUGUGUUUGCAUUGAAGAUUUGGAGACACCACUGGUGGAUGAAAUUGUGA